AUGAACAACUCCACCCCGAAUUUCAACAGCCUUUUCACCAACUCUGCUCGCUUGCCGUGGUCUGAAGCACCUCGAAAUGUCUCUUUUUCGCAGCCAAACGUGCCAUCGCUUUUUGCGCCCAUUUCUGAUACUCCCACUGUGCACGAGACAUUGGCGCUUUUGAAGCUCUGGAGAGCCGUGGCCGUGGUAAAACAGCAUCUCUGUGGCGAUUCCCCCACCGUGUGGCCACUGUUUGUGGCUUGGGCUUUACGCCGUUUUGCUCUUUUUGCAGCAGCCUUGACAGCCCUGAAGAACCCAAAGCUUCAUGUUCUUCCACCUUUGGAUAUCGCCUGGGUGUGGCACUCGCUCUUAGUGGCACCCGAGGCAUGCUUUGCCAUGUUUGCCAGAUCAGGAUUGUCUGAGUUCUUGGACAUUUCGUUUCCAUUGAACCAGAUUGCUGAUUGCAUCGACUCCAGCUUUUGCUACUUUCCAGACAAGCUCGGCGUCCACAACUUCCACGGCUUAAUGGCCAAUUACGGCAAGGGAUACUCCUUGUCGUACGAUAUUGGAAGCUUCAAUCCUGAAGAGGUCUUCCCUAUUUAUUGCCCCGUGUCAAAGAACCUCCUUGCACAGGUCUCCUUGUCCCAUUUUGUGUGUUCUUCAUUCCUGGUGAGAUCACAAGAGGGUGUGGUCACCCACCAUUCCCUCGCUCGCCGUCAGAGUGAUGCUGAUCAUAAGCUUUCAAUCAACACACCUGAAUGGCCCAACUUCUCGUCUCCAGGAACUCCAGAUACAUCAACACCACCAUCACCGCUUUCUUCAUGUCUGCUGCCGGUAUCUCUGAAAUCGCCAUUCGAAUCUGCACUGCCAUUGCUUCAUUUGACCAUCGAGGAAGACUGCUUGCAGAUCCUGGGUGACUGGAUUGACCACUUGGCACUUUCUCCAGUGCAGAAUAUGGUGGACGCUGAAAAUUGGAUCUUCCAUCCAAACAUGCAUAUCAUGUUAGCAGCAGCGGUCAAGAGAUAUUCAAAGUUCUGGAAAUUAUUCAGCCGGAGUCCUGCGGGACAGGUCCCGGUACCCACACUUGAUAUCCGCCUAGUCUGGUACGCCCAUAUGGCUCGCUUCAAGGAGUAUGCUGAUUUUUCGCUUUACCACUCAAAGAGCAUUGUUGUACCACCCAGAAGUGGCUCUCAAACGACGCAAGAAUUCAAAACAACUGCAGCACUUUACCAGAAACGCUUCCACACUCCUUACUGCCCUUGUGGCCAUUUAGACGGGUCUUUGGCUUAUGCCAGAGACACUUGCACACUCUCGUGCUACAGACAUGUAUACGAGCUUUUAGCACCCAGCUACGACCAGUAA